UGCUGCUGGAAUUGCUGUGCCUGGCGCUGGGACGUCGCGGGGAGCGAGUGCCCCAGCAGCAGCUCCCUGGUGUCCUGCGGUGCUUGCAAGGAGGAAGCAGGAAGCCGCUGACUCCCUGUGCUGCUGCCACCCUGGGCAAUUGUAAUGCUGAGGACACCUGGGGAGUCCCUCAUCCGCAACUCCUCUCUGUGAGGACUGAAGAAGACCAGGGACGGUAUUAUCUGAAUUAUGCUUCUGCAACAGAACUGGGUUUCUCCUCACUGGGCAUGGCAAAGCCUGGGCAAGUUCUUGCUGUUAUUGGUAUUCUUCCUGUCCCAAGCAGCUGAUCUGGAAGCCAGGAAAAAUCAUCGGUUUAUCUGGAAAACAGGUCCCUGGGGCCGCUGCGUGGGCGCGUGCGGGGCCGGCGGCGUGCGGAGCCGGGCCGUGUGGUGCGCGCACGCCGACGGCUGGGCCACGCGGCCCGCGCACUGUGAGCCCCGCGAGCGGCCCGACGAGCAGCGCGGCUGCUUCCGCCUCUGCGACUGGCACCCGCACCUCUUCGCCUGGCAGCUUUCCGAGUGGGACGCGUGCACGCUGGUGUCCGGCGCCCGGCCCGCGCCCGCCGCCGCCUGCGUCACGGCCCAGCACGGGCUGCAGCGCCGCAGCGCCCGCUGCGUGCAGAAGCCCAACGGGACGCUGGCCGCCCGCGACAUCUGCGAGCAYCUGGCGCCGGCGCCGCCGACGGAGCAGGCCUGCCUGCUGCCGUGCCCGCGCGACUGCGUGCUCUCCGAGUUCUCCGGCUGGUCGGCGUGCGGCUGCCAGCGCCGCUCGCAGCACCGCACGCGCGCCCUCCUCUCGCCCCCGCUCUAUGGGGGCGCGCAGUGCCCCAACCUCACGGAAACCAGGAGCUGCGUCCCCAGCGCCUGCGCGCCCCCGGAGCGGRGCUUCACCUACAGCCUCCGCGUGGGCUCCUGGGGCGCCUGCCGCCCGCCGCACCGCACGCACCUCGGCCCCGUGGGAGGCACCGCGCUGGAGCCGGGCAUGGAGGCCGGUGAGCCGGGCACGGCCGCGCUGCACCCCUACCCGCGAGGCGGCCUGGCCCAGGCGGACAUCGGGUUCCAAAGCCGGCAGCUCCGCUGUGUCCGGAGUGACGGGAGCGACGCGCUGCUGAGCCUGUGUGCGCAGGAGGCCGUGCCGGCGGCGCUGAGGCCGUGCGUGGUGGCCAGGGACUGCGAGACGACGCCGUGGUCGGCGUGGAGCCCCUGCUCGAGGAGCUGCGGCGCGGCCGGACCGGCCCCCGGCCUGCGCAGCCGCCGGCGCCGUGUGGCCGCCGUGGCCCUGGGCGCCGGCCGCGGCUGCCCCCCGCUCGAGGAGAAGGAGGCCUGCGGAGGAGGAGGAGGACGAGGAGAAGAGCUGCAGCCCUGCCCCAGGUUUUCGUGGAGGACCUCGGCGUGGUCAGGCUGCCGGGUGUCGGCGGCGGCGUGCGGCGGCGGCGUGCGGACGCGCCAGGUCUUCUGUGCCCAGCUGCCCGCCGGGGCUGCGCCAGGUACGAAAAAAAUUACGAGACCCGUGGAUGGGAAGCUGUGCGCGGGGCCCGCGCCCGCUGCGUGCCAGCUGUGCAGCGUGCCCUGCCCCUCGGAGUGCCGCGUGUCCCCCUGGGCACCCUGGGGUCCCUGCGCUGCCGACGACUGCCAGGAGCACCAGGCGAGGCGAGGCUUCCGAAUGAGGCACAGACGCGUGAUGGCAGAUCCUGCGGGUGCUCCRGCGGCCUGUCCACAUCUGACCGAGGCCCUUCCUUGCGAAGACCCCGUGUGCUACGAGUGGGUCGUUGAGGAAGGGCCCUGYGUGACCGACCACGGCAAAUGUGGCCUUGGGCACCGCGUCCUGAAGGCUGCGUGCAAGAACAACAGAGGUGAAGAAGUAGCACAAAACCUUUGCUCAGAGCAUCUCCGUCCUGAGAUAGCGGCCUGUGAAGUACCUUGUGCCCUGGACUGCGUGGUCAGYGAGUGGUCCCAGUGGUCUCCGUGCUCCCAGUCGUGCUCCGGCAAAAAUGCCGAGGGGAGUCAGAGCAGAAGCAGGUCCAUCCUGGCCCUUCCCGCAGAGGGUGGGAAAGCCUGUCCCCCCGCGCGUGCCCUGCGGGAGCAGCGCGUGUGCAACGAGCACCCGUGUGCGCCCCUCUUCUGGGAGACGUCGCCCUGGAGCGCCUGCUCCGAAGGGGCCCCGGYGUCCGGGCCCAACGGCACCGUGGCCUGGAGCGCAGAGGCCGCCUGCGGAGUGGGGCUGCAGACCAGGAGCGUCUCCUGCAUCCGGAGCGGCACCGGCCACGUCGCUCCCAAGAGAUGUCCAGAAUCCAUCAGACCCGAGACGGUGCGACCUUGUCCUCUGCUCUGCAAGAAGGACUGUGUGGUUACGCCCUUCAGCGAGUGGACCCCCUGCCCAACAACCUGUCAACCAGGCAAUGCCACAGCAAUAAAGCAGUCUCGAUACAGGAUCAUCAUUCAGGAUUCUGCCAAUGGGGGACAAGCCUGUCCAGACACCUUGUAUGAAGAAAGAGAAUGUGAAGAUGUUCCUGUCUGUCCAGUGUAUAGGUGGAAGACCCAUCGAUGGAGUCACUGUGUCUUGGUGCCGGAUUCAGUGCAACAGGAUAUACUAGGACACAGCGAGGCCUGUGGACAUGGUUUACAAUCAAGAGCUGUUACAUGCCUCUCGGAGAGCAACGAUUCUGCAGAUGUCAGUGAAUGCUUGACGUGGGCAGGACCUAUGCCUUCCCUAGUGCAAGAGUGCCUCGUGCCCUGCAAAGAUGACUGCACAUUUACCCCGUGGUCUAAAUUUACAGCAUGCUCUUUCGACUGUGAAUCAACAAGAAGCAGAAGACGGUCGCUCACAGGGAGAAGCAGAAAGCGAGACAAAUGCCAGGAUACCGAAGUUUAUCCUCAAGUCGAAACCGAGCCAUGCCCCUGUGAGACGUUUACCUCCCAGCCCCACGGAAAUUGGUCGGAUUGCAUUAUUGAAGAAGGCAAACCAGAGCUGCAAGCAGGAAUGCGAAUCCUUGGAGACACCAAGGAAUGUGGGAAAGGGGUCCGGCUGCGAGCACUCGCCUGCUACGAUAAGACCGGCCGCCUCGUGGAACCAUCUCGCUGUAGCAGUUCUGGCUACAUUGAAGAAUCCUGCACGGUGCCGUGCCCGUUUGACUGCAAGCUGAGYGACUGGUCCAGCUGGGCGCCUUGCAGCUCGUCCUGCGGGUUGGGAGUGAGCACCCGCUCGCGGUGGCUCAAGGAGAAGCCCUACAACGGAGGCCGUCCCUGCCCAAAGCUGGACCUCAAGAACCAGGUGCAYGAGGCAGUCCCAUGUUACAGCGAGUGCAAUCAGUAUGCCUGGGUGGUGGAAGCGUGGUCUCCGUGCAAAAUCGACAGCGAACAGAAUUCCCUCCACUGUGGAGAAGGAAUGCAAACGAGAAAAGUCAGGUGUGUGAACACUGCUGAGGAACAUGAAGGUGAGACUGUACCCCAUGCCAUGUGUAACCAGUCAGAAAUCCCAGAAGAAACUCAGAAGUGCAGCCUGUAUUGCCCUGGCGAGUGUGCAGUAUCUGCCUGGGGACAGUGGAGCAAGUGCCCACAGGUGUGUGACCCGAACGUCAUGCAGCUGCGGACACGGCAAGUGCUGCGCCCCUCGGUCACCGCCAAGCCCUGCCCUGAAGGGUCACAAAUGAGGCCGUGUAUCCUGAACCAGAAUUGCUUCCAAUACCAGUAUAACCUCACAGGCUGGAGCACGUGCCAGCUCCCUGCGAACGCCGCGUGCGGCGCCGGCGUCCGGCGGCGCCUCCUGGGCUGCGUGCGCAGCGACGGCAGCUCCGUGUCCCCGCGCCACUGCGAGCAGCUUCACUUGGAAAGGCCGCUGGAGACGAGCGCCGAGUGCCUCGUGGGCUGUGUGGUGGACUGCCGCCUCUCGCCGUGGUCGGCGUGGUCCGAGUGCUCGCACACGUGCGGCGCCGGCGGCCACGCGGUGCGCUCGCGGGCCGUGCUGCUGCCGGCGCAGGGCGGAGGGAGAGCGUGUCCGGCCCAGCUCUCGCAGCGCAGACACUGCCCCGUCACGCCGUGCUACCGCUGGGCCCUGGGAGAGUGGGCCCCGUGCCAGGUGGAGGGUGGACAGUGUGGAGAAGGUUUCCAAGUACGCAACCUCACAUGUGUAGUGCACGAUGCCUCUGUUCCUGUUACCUCCAGACCAGUGGAAAAUGCUUUAUGUGGGGAGCUACCACCAGAAGACAGCAUGCUGCAGUUACCCUGUUCUGUGCCUUGCCCGGGUGACUGCCACAUGACAGAGUGGUCGGAGUGGAGCUCGUGUGAGCUCACGUGCAUUGGUGGCAGGAGCUUUGAGACAACAGGUCGCCAGUCUCGAUCAAGGACAUUUAUAGGUCAGGCUUUUGAGAACCAAGAGAGCUGUUCUGGACAAGUCAUGGAGACGCGGCCUUGCUCAGGAGGGAGGUGUUACAGCUAUCUGUGGAAAACCAGCCUUUGGCAAGGGAACAAGCGCACAGUGUGGUGUCAACGCUCAGAUGGGAUAAACGUCACAGGAGGGUGUUCUCUUCAGACCAAACCAGCUGAAAUUCAGCACUGCAAUCCAGCAUGCAGGAAACCCUUCUCCUAUUGCACACAGAAAGGAGUCUGCGGAUGUGAGCGAGGAUAUACGGAAAUAAUGAGAUCAAAUGGCUUCCUGGAUUACUGCAUGAAGGUGCCAGGUUUAGAAGAUAAGAAAGCUGAUGUUAAGACCAUUGCUGGAAAAAAUAAACCUGUCAACUCAAAAAUGCAUGACAUUUUCAAAGGAUGGUCUAUUCAACCUUUUAAUCCAGAUGGUAGACUGAAGAUGUGGGUAUAUGGAGUAUCCGCUGGUGGGUUCGUCAUCAUCAUUUUCAUGAUUUUUACAUCCUACCUUAUGUGCAARAAAACAAAACAGAAUCAAAGCCCUCCUCCACAACAGAAGCCUCUCACCUUGGCCUACGACGGCGACGUUGACAUGUAACAGGACAGAAGAAGUCCAAACGUAGACAUCCACUGCCUUAACUGCUUUCUUUUUUUGUAAGUCGCAGACUUCUCAGUUUUUUGAGGAAUCUCCUGAUGUGUACUAUGCUGGGCAGAACAGCAGAACAGAAAGAUUGCAAACUUAGACUUUUGCCACCUCUUUAUUGGAGAGAGAAAAAAAAAAGAGAGAGUCAAAGACUUGGAUCCUGUGAAACUUUUCUGAAGGGACUGGAAGACACAUCUCCUCCUGUUGAGCAAUGGGAAUAAAAAAUAGAAAUCUACAGACAUCAAAAGGCAUUACUAAAAUAAAAAAGGCAUGACAAUCCUGAGGAAAAUGUGACAUUCACUGUAAAUGACAAGUUUGACACAGCAUCAUUAUGCACUAUAUUAGUGCAGGGCUCUAUUCUUCACGUUUCAACAAUGAGUUUUCUAGUGUUUACAUUUCGUUCAAAAGACUUUAAAAGUGGAUCAUGCAUUUGGAGGACCACGAAGAAGAAUGAGUUGAAGUGUCUGAAGUUAUCUGUUUUUUUUUUAAAGUUUAUUGCUUCUUAUCCUGUUUUCUAGUCUGGAAUAUGAUUUUUGUUUCAUUUCCACCUAUAGAACAGAAUAAGGAUUGGUAUGAAAAGGCGUACGUGGUUUCUUAACUGAAAAUAUUUUUUAAAGAGUCGAGUAGAUAGGUGUUUUGAUGGGUGGCUAGAGAACUUGAUUGUUUGAAAAGUAUUUUAAAUUAAAUUAAACCAUGUAGAUACAUUAUGGCCAGUUUAAAUUGUUAUUCAGUUUAAUUAAUACAAACUCUGCUUUUGUAUUUAAAUUUUCUUAUCUGAAAUAUUUAUAAAUUCUUUUUUCAAAUUUAAUUACCUGACCUCAUUUAAUAUACAUCUAACACAAAUACUGUUUGUAGAAGGUCUUGCUUUU